AUGGCAGACAACAAAACCUCAUCUCCUCCAAGGACUUCGGCUCCUGAUCUUGAAAUUCUGGGUGAUCAAGUAACAUUGCAUCCUAGUGGUUACAUCGAACCUCCGGAAAGACCUCACGAUGGAGAGAAAGAAAGGAAUUUGGUGGAGCAUAUGGCUAGGUUCAGGUCAAGUCCUUUGGAAUUUCUGAGAGAGGUCUCUUUACAUGUUUCAGGAACAGGAUGGCGUGCCUACGAUCAUUUCAUCGGACAACCUAUAUUCUAUCCUGGAUUCUCGGAAAAUAUGACAGCUGCGGUCAUGUCUACACCUAUUUUACAAACACGAAUAUCUGAAUUGGCCGAGAAACGGAUAGGGAUUGAGGAGCAGGAAGGGUUAUUGAAUAAAGAUGAUCCAUUAUACCAUUCGAAAAGAUCGCAGAGAAAGUCUGCCAUCGAACAAAGUUUGCAAGAGCUUUCAGAAAAAUUGACGAGCGAUAUGAUAUGCAAAAUGGAAAGCAUUCAUGUGUCCAGCGAGGAAGUCCUUAGAUUACGAAAUGUUGCCGAAAAGGCACAAAAAGACAAAACAUCCAUAAUUUUCCUUCCGUGUCAUAGAUCUCAUGUAGAUUAUGUUUCUUUGCAACUGAUUUGCUAUCGACUGGGUAUCGCAUUACCAACAGUUGUAGCUGGGGAUAAUCUUAACUUCCCUGUCGUAGGGAGCUUUCUACAACAUGCUGGGGCUAUGUGGAUACGAAGAAGUUUCGGAGAUGAUGCUCUGUAUACCACUCUUGUACAGUCAUACAUAGAUACCCUUCUGCAAGGUGGUUAUAAUUUCGAAUGUUUCAUCGAGGGAGGUAGAUCAAGAACUGGAAAGUUGCUACCUCCCAAAUUCGGUAUUCUGAGUUUUAUCCUGGAUAGUAUUCUUUCAGGUCGAGUCAAGGAUACAAUCAUAUGUCCUGUCAGCACCCAGUAUGAUAAAGUCAUCGAGACCGAAGGCUAUGUUGGUGAGCUACUUGGAAUCCCUAAGAAGAAGGAAAAUUUAGCAGAUUUCCUCUCGGCAUCAUCAGUACUUUCCCUAAAAUUGGGUCGUGUGGAUGUCCGAUUUCAUGAGCCUUGGAGUUUACGAGAUUUUAUCCUACAACAACAAGCUCGAUCGCUGGGAAUACCAAAGACGCUUGAUUUUGAAAGCAUCAAUGUACCUAGUAUUCGGCAAAAGUUACUGAGAACUUUGGGUUACAAAGUUCUAUCCGAUAUCAAUGCAGUUUCGGUUGUCAUGCCUACUGCAUUGGUUGGAACAGUUUUAUUGACUUUGAGAGGUCGCGGUGUUGGAAAAUCUGAGUUGAUUCGUCGAGUUGAAUGGAUCAGUGAACGAGUUAGGAACAAGGGUGGGCGAGUAGCUCAUUUUGCCGGCGCUACGACAUCUACAGUUGUUGAACGGGCUCUUGAGGUUCUUGGUAAAGAUCUUGUAGGCAGGGUUGAUGGGUUGGCAGAAGAAACAUACUACGCUGUCGAUCGAUUUCAGCUUUCUUUCUAUCGAAACAUGACAAUACAUCUGUUCAUAUCUGAAGCACUAGUUAGCGCCAGUAUGUACAUGAACGUAAAGCGUGGCGGAGGGAAAGUUCACCAAAAUAUCUCAUAUGAAGACCUUCGAAGUCAAGUUCAAUUUCUCUCUCAGCUAUUUAGAGGUGAAUUUAUCUACCCGACAGAAGGAUUGGUUGUCAACCUGGACAACACUCUACACGACUUAGAAGCCGACAAUAUUGUUGAACUUAUCCGAGAUCCAGAAGGGAAAAUAUUGACUGUUGGUUUAUCUGACCAUGAACGUUCCGUUGGACGUGAAAACUACGAUUUUUACUGUUUCUUGAUAUGGCCAUUCGUCGAAGCAUUUUGGCUUGGUGCUGUUUCCCUUAUGGGCUUUACACCACCUCCAAGCAAACCAAAUGCUGUUUGGUUGGAAGUCAAGAAAGCUCAUGACGGCGCUCAAUUGCUUGGCAAAACUCUUUAUCACCAAGGUGACCUAUCUUACUUCGAAGCCGUCAAUAAAGAAACACUUAAAAAUGCAUAUCAGCGAUUUGAAGAUGAAGGCAUUGUAAUAGUAUCAAAGAGUAGAAAUUCCAAGAUCCCACCACGAUCUCGACUUGCUCCCGAAUGGACACCACAGCGAAAUCCAGAAACUAGUAUGAUAAUCGCAGAAGGAAAAUUAUGGGAUUUUAUUGAAAAGAUCGCAAAGUCGAGGCGAGAAGGAAAGAAUAGACGAGAUGGGGCAACCGUAUCAACAAGAGUCUUGAGACUUGCUGAUGAAUUGGGUCAGACAUUGUUUGCAGAAGGAUCUGGGAUAUAG